CCUGCCAACACAUCUUCCCAUCACUCUCACGCUUCUGAUUAUUCCUCUUCCCAUUCUAGGGUUCCGAAAUGGACGCUGGCGGAAAGAUCAAGAAGGGCGCCGGAGGAAGAAAGGGCGGCGGCCCUAAGAAGAAGCCGGUUUCAAGGUCCGUCAAGGCCGGUCUCCAAUUCCCCGUCGGAAGAAUUGGCCGUUAUUUGAAGAAAGGAAGGUACGCCCAGCGUGUCGGUACCGGUGCUCCCGUUUACUUGGCCGCAGUUCUCGAGUACCUAGCUGCUGAGGUGCUUGAGUUGGCUGGGAAUGCUGCACGUGACAACAAGAAGAACAGGAUUAUUCCGAGACAUGUGCUGUUGGCUGUGAGGAACGAUGAGGAGUUGGGGAAAUUGCUUGCUGGUGUCACCAUUGCUCAUGGUGGUGUUCUUCCAAACAUUAACCCUGUUUUGCUACCUAAGAAGACUCAGGUUGCUAAGGAACCAAAAUCUCCAUCCAAGGCUACCAAGUCUCCAAAGAAAGCUUAGAUGUUUUUAUUUUAUUUUAAUAUAUGUAUAUCAGUGUUUAGAUGCUUUUUAUGUAAAAGAAAAUAGUAUCUAUUGGAAACACUGUAAUUCUUAUCGUCUUGCAUGUAGGAGUUUGCUAAAUAAUGAAAAUAUCUUAUUAUUUUGGGUCAAAA